UGCUGCAGCAGUUGCAAUUUUGCUGGCCUGUGUUAUAAUUUGCGUUGUUAGAUGUAAGAAAUCAUCAACAAAGUUUUUCUCAAAGAUGACAAAAUCCGAUAAAGAUAUUGAAGGUUUGAUUACAAAUUAUGGACUUCUGAACGUAAAAAGAUACAGAUUCUCCGAAAUGAAGCAAAUGACAAUAUCAUUCAAAGAGAAAUUAGGUCACGGAGGUUAUGGUGAUGUUUACAAAGGAAAGCUACUUGACGGGCAUCUCGUGGCUGUGAAAGUCCUAAAUGAAUCUAAAGGAAAUGGUGAAGAAUUUAUCAAUGAAGUUGCAAGCAUUAGUAGAACUUCUCACAUAAAUGUUGUCACUCUUUUAGGAUUUUGCUUAGAAGGUAGCAAAAGAGCUCUCCUUUAUGAGUUCAUGCCAAAUGGAUCACUUGAAAAGUUCAUAUACAAUGAAAAUCCUUUGCAAACCACUCCACAGUUAGAAUGGAAGAAGCUACUCCAAAUUGCCAAAGGGAUUGCUGAAGGACUCCAAUAUUUGCACCAUGGUUGCAACACUAGAAUUUUGCAUUUUGACAUCAAACCACAUAACAUUCUCUUGAAUAAGGAUUUUUGCCCAAAAAUUUCUGAUUUUGGACUAGCUAAACUUUGUGAAAGGAAGGAGAGUAUCAUAUCGAUGGCAGAUGCUAGAGGAACAAUAGGGUAUAUAGCUCCUGAAGUUUUCAAUCGAAACUUUGGAGGAGUUUCUCACAAGUCGGACGUUUAUAGCUAUGGAAUGAUGAUUCUAGAGAUGGUUGGAGGAAGGAAAAACAUCAAGGUUGGAGUGAGCAACACAAGUGAAAUAUAUUUUCCACACUGGGUUUAUAAAAAUCUUGAACAAGGUAGUGUUCUUGGAUUAUUGCAUGGUGUCGUGACAGCAGAGGAAGAUGAAAUUGCAAGGAAGAUGGUUUUAGUUGGUUUAUGGUGCAUUCAAACAAACCCGUUAGACCGACCAUCCAUGAAGAAAGUUAUUGAAAUGCUGGAAGGUAGUUUGGAAGCCUUGCACAUCCCACCAAAGCCUUUCUUGUCUCCUUCAAAAUCACCAGAAGAAUUUUCUGAUGCCACAUCAAUUUUAUGAUGAUAUAUACUUUUUCGAGAUUACUUUUGUAGC